CUCAGAAUCGAGGACGGCCACGGCUCUUUGGUGGCAUGCGUGUUCCCAUCCAUGCCCAAUCAUAUGCAACAGAUGCUGAUAGCCUACUUGGUGGCAGCCUUCGAGGCUCAGUCCGCAAAUCUUCAGGAAACUGACUCCGCGUCAGAGGGCCAAGAGUACUGCUUCCCAGCUCUCCACUUCUCAUGGUACAAUCGUCACGGAACAAGGGGACAUGAAAUUCCUACGAGCUCCCAUCCCAUCCUCUCAGAGAAGGACGAUCAUUCGCGGACUAACUACACGCAGAUGCUCCCCUACCCCUCCCGGGACAUGAGCAAGUUCGAGGAGAUAUAUCAGAAUCUAGAGGAGAUAUUCCAAGGUGUUUUUGAAUGGAUGGCGGAGCAUGCAAGAUGCUGGCUGCCCGAGGAGUACCACGACCUUAGUAUGGACGCAGAAGUGCUUCCGGGGAAUGCGCACUCAAUAGUGCAUCCAUUCCUGUUGCUUGUCGUAAACCUCAAUGUCACCACUUCAGCUCAC